GUACUUUAGGCACUGAGGAUGCAGCAGUGAACAAAACAGUGCCUGCCCUGGCAGAGCUGCCGUUCAGAUCUCCCGAUGACAGGGUGCAGCCCUGUGUUGGCCAUGCGGCACGUCGUGGGUGUGUCUCCCGUACUGGUGCGGAGAGGCCUCCUUGGAAGGGACCUCUUUAUGACCAGGACUCUCUGCAGCCCAGGCCCCAGCCAGCCCAGAGAGAAAAGACCUGAGGAGGUGGCCCUCGGGCUGUACCACCGCCUCACAGCGCUGGGAGGAGCCCUGGGGCACAGCAUUCAGCAACGGGCGUCCUCCAUGGCCAAGACUUGGUGGGACAGAUAUGAAGAGUUUGUUGGACUCAGUGAGGUUCGAGAGGCCCAGGGAAACGUGACUGAGGCAGAGAAAGUGUUCAUGGUGGCUCGAGGGCUUGUCCGGGAGGCUCGGGAGGACUUGGAAGGUCAGCAGGCCAAGCUGAAGGAGGUGAGGGACCGCUUGGACCGCAUCUCCAGAGAUGAUAACCAGUACCUGGAACUGGCAACUCUGGAGCACAGGAUGUUGCAGGAGGAGAAGAGGCUUCGUGUGGCCCAUCAGCGUGCCGAAGCCUCCGAGCGAGAGAAGUUCUCCCUCUUCUCUGCAGCCGUGCGGGAAAGUCAUGAGAAGGAGCGCACUCGGGCUGAGAGGACCAAGAACUGGUCCCUCAUUGGGUCAGUCCUGGGGGCCUUGAUUGGUGUGGCUGGCUCCACCUACGUGAACCGUGUGCGGCUACAGGAGCUGAAGGUCUUGCUUCUGGAGGCUCAGAAGGGGCCUGUGAGCCUCCAGGAAGCCAUCCGAGAACAGGCGUCCAGCUACUCCCUCCAGCAGAGGGACCUCCAUGACCUCAUGGCAGACCUGAGGGGCCUGGUGCAAGCUGGGCCUGGGCAGAGCUCUUUGUCCCAGGCAGGUACUUCCCCGACCCGAGACAGAGACACAGAUGUCCUUUCAGCUGCCUUGAGAGAGCAGCUCAGCCGUUCCAGGCAGGUCCAUUCAUGUCUAGAGGGUUUACGAGAGCAGCUUGAUGGCCUGGAAGAGACUUUGAGCCAAGUGGCUGGGGUGCUUCAGCUUGCAAAAGCUGCAGCGCACCCAGGCCUGGUGGAGCCGGCAGAUGGGGCCCUGUCUGCGUCCUUGCUGGAACAGGGGAGCAUGAUCUUGGGGCUGUCAGACAUGGAGCAGAGGCUAGAAGCCCAGGUCAACAGGAACACCAUCUGUGGCACACUGGUCACCUGCGUGACAUUUGUGGCCAUCCUGCCUGUGCUGUAUAUGCUGUUCAGGGCCAGCUAGCCCCUGGACCCACCUCCAGAGGGAGGAGGUAUGGAUGUGGAUUUAGUUAGAGAAUGAAGCAAUUAAGUGAGCCUUCAGGGGUGCACUCAACCUCAGCCUGAGUCUGUGUGGCUCACCAGCAGACAUACUUUGCUUUUUAGGCAACACUCAUUUACAUUAACUAUCGAAAAUUUGUGCUAACGUCCAAUUAAAAUGUCUUUAAGUUUGUCUUAUUUAAA